AUGGCAUCGAAAGGAAGUGGCGUACGUAUAGUUGUCUACGAUGAACAUGAUAAAAUUCAUGCAAGUAUACGUGAUGCUAUGAUUGAAACGAUUGAAUCGUUCUAUCAUUUACCGUCGUGUAUUUCAUUUAUUGAACAAAAUGCUAAAGAUGACAGAGUAAAUAUCGUAAUAACAACAUCAAUAGAGGAUCAUGUUUUGCAAUCAUUCGAACGUUUGCAUCCUGUUGAAGCUAUUCUUAUUUCAUCUAAAUCACGAAGGUAUGCUGAUACAUUACUGAGUAAAGUAAUUGGCGUUUAUCCUAAGAUGGAAAAUCUAUUAGUCGCCUUAUUCGAAACCAUGGAAACGUUAGAAUUACAACUCAAUGCAAAUAGCAUUCUUUUUCAUCGUCAAACAGAUGGAAGUUACAAUACGGAUUUUUAUUUUUAUGCUAUUUGGAAAACUCAUUAUCGAAGUCAAAUGGUACCGAAAAAAAGUCUUGUUGAACAAUCACGUUAUCUCUUUUAUUCCGAAAAGAAAGUAAAAGCUCAUAUUCAAGAUUUCAAUGCAAACUAUCAAGCAUCGGAAGUUCUCUAUUGGCUGGAUAAAUAUAGUCAUCCAUUUCCAUAUAAUUUACUUGUUUCAAAUGCUCUUCGUACACACGAUCAACAAAUUCUAUCAGUUAUUCGACUGUUUAUUCUUGAUCUCAAUAAACAAAUGAAACCUUUGCCAAUAGGACCUAGUUAUAAUCAAGUAUUUUUCGGUACAAAAUUAUCAAUAGAAUUAGUCGAUCGACUUGAACAACUAACAUCGAAAGAUAUUAUUGCAUUUCAAUGUUUUCUUCCUGUAAUGAAAUCGCGAACAAAAGCUUUAGCAGCAGCAACACAACCAACUCGUCGUCGUAAAAUAGCCAAUGUAUUAUUUAAAAUCGAUGCAAGCAAUGCAUUAUGUGCACCGAUGGGUGAAACUGUUCUUAUUGAUAUGGCAACACCAUUUCAUAUAACAUGUGUAACAAGAAAUACAGGUUCAGGUGGCGUUCAACAAUUAGUAACAAUUGUUACACUAGUUGCAAUUCCUAAACGACAUAGAGAUUAUUUAUUUUCACACUUUAUUGAACAACAAAGAAAGGCCGGAAAAACAAUUAGUGAUUUUCUACAACAAACAAUUCCACUCGUUAGGCCGGAUAAUACUUAUAGAAGAGACGAUGAAGAUAAAUCGGAAAUCUCUCAAUACUCCAUUCCACUUUAUGUUGUUUCAGUAGCACAAGCCAGUCGAGAUUCGCUAGCUGUAUGUAAUGAUGAAGCUGAAGCCGAUGAACUUAUUGCUCGCGGUAAUUGGGCGCAAGCAGUCGAUGCUUUAGCUCGUAUCGAAGAUCCAAAUGUUCGUGUAUUAAAUAAACACGGAUGCUUAUUACGUGAACGUUUACAAGAUUUGCCGGGUGCACUUGAAUGUCACGAGCAAGCAUUGGGCAAAGCUACGGAUAAAGGAAAAGCUGAAACACUUAUUUAUCUGGGCAUCGUUUAUCAUGAUAUGAAACAAUAUGCUGAAGCAUUGAAUCAGUAUUCUCAAGCAUUACAAUGGUUCGAUAAACAGAAAUCAAGAGAUCCUAAUAUGAUAGCUCGAUGUCUUGUUGGUCUUGGCAAUGGAUAUUGGGCACGUCGAGAACUUGACGAAGCACGCGAUUGUACUGAACGUGCGUUAGCUAUACGUGAGCACGAAGUUGAACCGAAAAAUUACGCAGACAUCGCAUCUUGUCUUGGUAACUUGGGAAAUAUAUUACACGAUCAAGGCCAUGUUGAACGGGCAUUAGAUUAUGCUAAACAAGCCGCUGAUUUAUUAACUAUACAUGGGACGAAUGAUUUAAGAUUGGCAGCAUCAUUAAACAAUUUAGGUGCGAUGUACCUAGCUUGUGGACAAAAUGAUAAAGCACGAGAAAAUUUUGAACGUGCAAUAGAACUUAUAAAAGAUGAAAAUCAUCCGUAUCGACAAAGUGCAUUGAAUAAUAUCGUACGGUUAGAUGAAAUGGAAGCAGCACAAAAAGAAUAA